CUCUCUUCUUUUUCUUUACCAAAAUAUUGAUCUCCUAUACUUAAAAACCCAAAGAAAUGCAUUUUCUGUUUAUCCAAAAAUCAUUGUUGAGUUUGAUCGCUCUUUCUUACUGCUUGGUUUAUGCACAACUUGGUCCAGUUGUACUUUCUCCAGCGCAAAAUGGCACUAUCCCCGCAGGUGGAAAGAUAGACAUUGUAUAUCAAUAUCAAAAUAUUGGCACAGGUAAUUACUCUGUAGACAUUCAAUUGUGGCAAGAUGGAGCAGUAUCCAUUCCUAUUUCAGAUGUAGCCAAGAAUCAUGAAAUCAAACCAGGAAAUUCAACUGGUGCGAAAGUCAAUUUCUACCUGAACGAUACAUUUACUUGGAAUGUGCCUCAUGGCCUUAAUAGUACUUUUUGGCUCACGGUGACUGAGUCAGCUCAAACUUCAUUCUAUAAAAAAGGUGUGUCUCUUCGAUCUCGUCCAGUAAUGCUUCAUACAAGUGCUGGAUCUGUGGUUUCCAGUCCUGUUUCUAUCGUUGUUUUGCUUGGUAUCUCAUGGAUAGGUAUAAUGCUUUCUUAGUUUAAUAGUAAUAAAAAAAAAGUCUAAUAU